GUUCGUUUUUGGCUAAUGCGCAAACCGUGCCAGAGCCAAAAUAUAAAGAAGUAGAAGUUCGUUUUGUUUUGCAUUUUUGUUUUAUUUAGGUCAACAAUUAUGUCAGAAUCUGAAAAUCUUGAGAACGCUGAUCAAAAUCCCAAACACGAAAACAGUGCAAGAAAGAGGGUUCGGCACCGAAAAAAACUAAUUUACGAGAAAAUACUCAAGCAGAUGGAGUUUUACUUUAGCGACGCAAACUUAACUAAAGAUAGGUACUUAGGGGAAUUAGUUAAAAACGAUCCCUAUGUCACUCUGGAGGUUUUUCUGAAAUUUAAUAAAAUCAGAUCAAUGACACAGGAUAUAGUGGAUAUAGCUAAAGCUAUGAAACAUUCCACUAUGCUCGAAUUAUCUGAAGAUAAACUUAAGGUUAAGAGGAAAACAUCAGUUAUUUCAUAUGAUGCGGAUGCUAGGACAGUGUAUGUUGAGUCUAUUCCUGUGACUGCCAGCAGAGACUGGCUAGAACGAGUGUUCUCCGACUUUGGCACUGUGGUGUACAUCUCAUUACCUAAAUUUAAGAACACACAGAAGAUUAAGGGAUAUGGUUUCAUAGAGUUUAACACAACAGAGGAAGCUCAAAAAUGCAUUAAUACUUUCACCAAAAUGGGUUGUAAGCUCCCCACAUAUAUGCCGCCAGAGGACCUGUCUUCCAUUAAAAUGUUUUCGGUAGAAGAGAGCCCAGAAAACUCAACAGAUAUUAAAGAAGGAAAAGAUGAAGACCCCCCAAAAAAGAAGAAAAAGAAGGAGAAAAAACCACCAAAAGGUCUGGACACGAAGACUAAUGAACUUGAUAGUGAUAAAAGAGUUGAUACACCAACUGAGACCAAAACAUUUACAGACACUGAAUCAAGAGAUGAGGCAACCAGCCAAGAUGAGUCUAAGAACUGUGAGGAGACGACAAGGAAGAAAAAAUUUAAAAAACGCACCACUAAGGAAAAGAAAGGAAAGAACGGCUUAGAGAAAAAUGAAGCUCCCAAAGGCGCCCUUUGGGGAUUGCAGGUUCUCGCCAAAAAAGAGUGGAAGUCUCUAAGGAAUAAGUACUUAAAUUUACAACGAAAAUAUAUGAAAGAAUUGAAAAAUGAGCUACAAAAUAAGAAACACUAUAUGAGAAUACCACCUCCAGCUUCUCCAACUGGAGAAGUGAAUGCAUCUACCGAUACCAAUGUAAAUGAAAAUUUAGUAAUGCCAGAAAAAAUCCCUGGAGUUUUUGUUAAAGAGAAGCUACUAGAACCAUGUAUCGACGUAAGAUUAACUAAAAGGACGAUACGAACCAACGUGCACGUGUUACACGUAGACGUGAAGGAGAGUCAGUCAGAAGUCGUCAUUAGAUUCGAUUCCCCUAAAGCUGCUGAUGAGUACUGCGCGAACUCGCACAAGCGGGCCCGCGUGCUGUCGGGCGCGGAGGAGCAGGCGCAGUGGGGCGCGGCGCGCGCGGCUCGGCGCCGGCCCCGCGGCCGCACGCGGCUGCUCGCGCGCCGCACGCACGCGCUGCUCGCGCCCGCCUCGCCGCAACCCACCAACACUCAUCUAAGGUUCGACGAGGAAUAAACGCGUUCUGUUAUAAAUAAAUAUUUUCACUA